AUGUCGCCUGAUCCAUUCGAUGGCGGCUCCCGCUCCCGCCGCGGAGUUUGGAGUCAUUGGGUGCCUCUCGCAAUCACCCUGACUGUCGCGACAGCUGGAGUUGCAGCCUGGGCUUGGAGCCAGCGCAAGGACUCAGAUGACGACGACGAGCCAGGCCUGGACUACGACAAUGCCGACUAUGGCGAUAAUCCGGCCUACGGUGCUUCGAGGAACGACUUCACUCCCUCGAAGCCCCCGCGGCCACAACAGCCUCCUUAUGCGGAUGAUCAGCAGAGCUUUGGAGUAGCGCCGGGACCGUCCAGCGAGGCGUCCGCGCCUGGAUGGGGCGCAAGAAUGUCCGGUGCGCUUCGGCGAACACCCAGCCCGCAGCAGCUGAUCGAUUCUACUGGAAAAUCUGUCGCUGCUGGGUUCGCUGCCAUGGGUAAGGCCCUAGCAUCAAUCCGCGAGGAGGACAAGUAUUCCGAGAAUAACCCUUGGUCGGAAGAGGCAGAUUUGAAGCAAGAACGUGCCCCCGCGUCGACAAGCAAGAAGAGGAAGACUGUCGUCCUCGUAGUCUCGGCAGACUCGUCCCUUUCGGAGGCCGACAAUGGUGGAUAUCAUGAGCAUGCGUCAAUCCUGUCCCACAUUCCUCGGCACAAUGACUUCUCGAAGAUUAAGCUCUUCAUUCUGAUUUAUGCACCGAGCUUGAAGGAUACACCCCUGGACCCCGCUGCAUCUAGUAACCUUCCGCCUCCUUCGUUGAGCUCAUCAUAUUCUAACAUUGAGCACAACCAAGCUCAAACUCCAGGAGAUGAAGCCAAGAGCCCACAGUACGUAUAUAAAAGAGAAGAGCUGACAACUACGAAUAUGGCUAAUGUUUCAUCAAGGCUGAACGCGUCUACCAGCCCAGCAUUCAAUGCUGUGUACUCACAGGCGCUGUCGCUUGUCGACAAGGAAACUAUGGUAAUUCCAUUCACCACCCCGAAUGGUCAUGUGCACAUUCUACGUCAUCUUCAGCCGGAGGUUGUCUAUCUCCAGGAGUCUCUUUCAGGAGACAAUGGCAGCAUCAUCACCAACCUGCAAACUUGGCUGCGCUACGACGUCAUCUUGGUUGUGGGAGCUGAAAGCUCUGGCGGUCUUGCUGACAGCGAGUCUGAGGCGGAGAGGAAUACCAAGGUCACGAAAUGGUGGCAGAGGCCCGAGAGGGUCGGUCGUGGCCGUGGUGUUGUGGUUGUUGAUGGUGGCAGGGUUCACGAUGAUUGGACGCGCCGCGUUCAGGGCGUGGAAUAG